GCUAUGAGCAAGCCAGUCUUAUGCUGUGAAUAGCUACACGGAGCGCGAGUUGCAUCAUUGUCGCGGUUGCAUUGCGGGGCCAAUGAUAGUGCCGUGACCGUAACGAUUGCGUACAGCGCGGCCGCUCGCUCUCCUACCUUGCGGGCCUCAGAUCUUCUUGAAUUUCAUGAUGAAUGCACCUAUUUUCACCAAUCUUCACAUCCUCCUCAACCAAGAACCAGACGAGUGGCACCUUGCCCUGCAGAUUCCUGCCGAGGAGUUGUCUGUCUUCUCCCUUUGCCCUCCCCGCUGGAUGGCCUAUCUGGCAUUCACAAUCACCGGCUGUCGGGGUGUCCUUCUUGGACCUGAUCUCACCCCUGUGGACCUCGACGACUCGACGUCGAUCGAUAUAUCCCAGAAUAACAAUUACUACUACCGUCACGAAGGCGACCUCUCUCCUGUUGAUUUAGCCAUCGAGCGGCGUUGCAUCUGGGACUCUUCGUCAGAUAGUGGGCGUUGUGGCGAUUUUGCGUCCCGCGUCACCGAAAGAGACGGCAACACAUGCGUUCUGAGCGGAGGACCUCCUCUCGCGUGUGACGCUGUCCAUCUGAUCCGCUUCUCACUCGGAGAUGAGUACAUCACUCACCUAACUACCAAGCGAAAAAUCGGCAAUGACCCUAUAAUCAAAGAAAUUGACGAUGUUCGCAAUGGGAUUCUUGUCAAUUGCCUCAUUCAUCGAUAUCUUGGGAGGAGCGCGGCAUUUUUAAAGGUUCCAAAUCUCUUCCUGGAAGCACGACACGUGUGUCAGGGCGCCGUCGAUCAGGCUUCCUCUCAGUAUCACUUCCAAGUUUUUGACAAGACAUUGCGUGUCGGCGAAUUCAAUAAGAUGACCUUGCCCCAUAAUCGACCUGCACGCCUCCCACAGACGUGCGAAGCGAGGGAGUCAAUGCCUACGCACACGGUCCUUGCCAUAUUGUACGGCUUCGUCGCAUUGAAGACCUGGGGCGUCGAUCAGUUCAUGACGGCGUUGCAGGAAAGAUGGCCUCGCUUCUACUCGGAAGAAGUCCACAGUAGUCGGGAUGGUGGCGCCGAACAGGUGAAGCGGGACAUGGAGUUGAGCGAGCAGAAGACGGCACAGCACGCUCAGGAGAGGGCUGACCGGACACAUGCGCGCGACAGGAUGAUAUUCGACGCGCUUCUGAUGCUGCCCAGCGUUCUGGAUCCCGGCAGGGCGCAAAGGAUGGAGGAGAGGAGGCGUGAGGCAGAAGAACUUGAAGAGACGGCCUCUCGUGCGCGGGUUGACGAAUGGCUGAAGAAUGGACUAGACAUGUAGCGGUAUGAAUAGUCGGUGGGCCGCCGGCUUUAGUGUGACCGUCAACGACCUCCUGCCCACCCGACGAUUUAGGAGGGGUAGGAGCAUGCGAGAUUUCCUU